AUGAAGACGGAGGCGGGAGAAUCCAGAGAGCUACUUGGGCGAGAGCAUCUGGGAAGCCUUCUGGCUCGUCUUCGCCAUCGUCCUGUAUCUUGCCGACGUCGUGAGCAACAUAAGGCGGCCUUGUACCGAUACUACGUCGACAAGGAAUACUUCUUCUUCGGCAUGACGAUUGGGAUCGUCAUCUUCGCCUGGCUCUUCGCCUUUGCCGUUGACAUGCUCAUGUUCCUUGCAGACAUGAAAGACAUGCAUUAUCUAUCACGUUUUCCACUGGAAUGGCUCGUCAGAAUACUGUUUGACCUUCUGAUGAUGGCUCCACUUCUCAGGUAUUUCUAUACAUUGCAAGACAUAUGCCAGUAUUGGUGCUCGGGAUGCACGACAACAUGGGGGAAAAUUCAUAGAAAACAUACUGAUUAUCAGAGAGAAAUGGCCUCAUUUCUCCUACUGGUAGAGACGUACAUUGAAUCAAGUCCUCAGAUGGUCCUCCAGUUUUACAUCAUUGUCCAUGAUGGGGCUACCUUUGCCGGAAAUCCCCUCACAUUUGCCGCCCAGUGGCUUUCAAUAGUGACAUCCUUACUCGGUGUGGCGUCGGCAACAUACAGCUACUACAGCAACUCCGCCAAAUAUCGGAUAAAGAAAGUCGGGGACGGGGGGACAGAAAUUGAUAGUGAUUGGACCAUCCUGGAACUCGACUUCUUCUGGGAUAAAUUUCUUCUCUUCUUCUGGCACCUCGCUGCCAGGGUCUUGGCUUUGGGCCUGUUUGCAACUACCUUCUCCUGGUGGGUGUUUGUGAUUGUGGGCAUCCAUAUGAGCAUCGUUGCGCCCUGGGCCAUCUUGAAGGAGAUGAAAAGUUCCCGACUCCGAAAAUUCAUCAAAAUUUUCUUUGUAUCCUUCAUCUUCGUCUUUCAGUACCGCAUUGCCGGAUGGGAUUGGGAACCCUUUACACUGAUGUACGUCCUCAUGGCAGUCGAAAAUGUGGCGAUGCUCACUAUUUGGUCGUUCAAUGUCGUCGAUGUCUGGCUAUGCUACAAAAUCUUAAUCUGUCUAUUGGAUCUCCUGUUCUUCAUCAUUGGCAUCGUCUCGAUGAAUAUUCAAAUCUUCCUUACCUUCCAUGGGGACGAAAUGAUCAAUCUUCCCCCAGAGAUGAGGGAAGAAGAUAUGAGCGAAUGUGCAUAA